AUGGAGAAAGAUAAUGAAAAGUUCUUUAACGAUGAUGAAGUGGCCAGGGUGUCUUCAAAUACUGGCCUGGUAAAGUAUGGUUUGGUUUUAACGACGAACACAAUGCGGCCCGAAACCGAGUUAAAAAAGACUUCGUAUAAGAAUCAUAAUGAGAUCAAAGUAAUCUGGCAUCCAAAUGGUGAUGAAGAAAUUAUCUCUGAUGAUGAAGUUGUGUUAAUGGAUCGAUCAUUUAUGCCAGGUGAUGUAGUACGAAAAGUUAGUGAAGGCAAGCCAAGUCAAUUUGGACAUUGUGAAAAUAUUGAUAUAUAUGCCACAUUGAAAAUACUGAAUACCAACAAAAUAAUAGAAAAUAUCAAUUCCCGAAACUUUACUCCCACAAAACCAUUUGCAAUUAAUUCCUUGGUUUUUUAUGAAUCAUGGGUUGGUAGAGUUUAUGAUGUCAAACGUAAAGUUACAUUUGUUUCACAAGAUGGAUCGAUUUUUACAUUAGAGGACCCGCAUAGAAGAGGCUUCAUAAGUCUAUCUACAAGUCAUAGUUUUUCCAUUGAUGACAAUGUAUUUUAUCAUGGGCUAAAAUUAAAAAUGUGUCUAGAUUCCUUAGAGAAUGCAACAUUUUUAACGAUCAGUAACCUAAUGAAAUGUCUAUGGCACAAUUAUAAGAAGAAUAUCAGCAAUAAAUUUGGGUCCAAGUGGGUCAAAGUUUAUGUUCAAGAUGUUAUUGUAUCAUCAGUUGAAGUUCAAUGGUACAGCCAAACAUCAAGUAGAACAAAGCCGUGUGAAGAAUAUUGGCCAGGGAGAUUAUUUACUGGUGAUAAUUUGAAAAAACUAAAAACUAUUGAUCUAUUUGAGUCGUGUACAAUUCAAGUGGGAGACACACAUUGGUAUACAAUUAAAGAUACCGAUUAUUUGAUGACAAUGAAACAGUGGAGAUCUAAAUGUACAGAAGCUUUUAAUAUUGGAUCAGGUUCAAUACACAGUAAAACUAAUAAAGAUAAGCACCACAACAAACUUUUAGGUACCAUAAAACCAUCAAAGAGUUCACUUCCUAUUGAGUUGGAUGACUUAUUAUUAAGUGCACAAAAUGGAUCUAAUAGACACGCUUCAGCUGUUGCAAGACAAAUAAAUGAAAGAAUGUUAAAUGAGGAAUAUAAAUUUACAUUACUAUCCAAAAAAUGUGAAUCUAAACCAUCUAGAAGCACAACCGGAAAUAGUUGUGUAUAUACAUUAAAAUCGAACAGAUUAAAGAGGAACCGUAUGUUGGGAUCAUUAAUUAAAAAAAGUAAACAAUUCAAUAUACCUAAAGUAAAAACCAAACCAAAUUCCAAAGUUGUAGUUGAGAUUUGCUACACAAAAUCUAUGGUAGAUGUUAUAUGGCAGGAUGGUACUAAAGAAACUGGAGUUUCUUCCACUGAUCUCUACCCAGUACAAACUCUUGAUAAUCAUGAGUUUUUUCCUGGUGAUUUUGUUACUGAAAAAAGUACUGCAUCUGACGUUUAUGGUGUUGUAGAAUCUGUGGACCAUGCAGAACGCACUGCUCAUAUACAAUGGUUUAAAGUUUAUCCUGAAAAUCCAUCAUUGCCAAAUCCUAUUGAAAAGACUUAUUUUAGUGUAUAUGACUUACGUAAUCAUCCGGAUUUCCAUUUCCAAUCUGGUUGUUUCAUUAUACAUCCUAGUUCUGAUACAAACCCAGAUUUAAAUACCUUAAAUGCUGGGCAAGUAUUAAGUGCAGGGCCUGAUGGCAGGAUCUUAGUGAUGUGGGUUAAUGGUGAAAAAACGAAAUGUUGGCCACAAGAAUUAUUUGCUGUCCAAGUACAUGGUGAUGGCUUCAGUUUUCAAGAUGUAGAAUAUGACUCCUCUGAAGAGUGGAUGUAUAUAACCCUUCCGGGAUCAUCUAAUAUAAGCUGGAACCAAGUACACGAUAAGUGGAAAUAUGGAAGUCUAUUAGUCCAAUUACUAGAGCAAUCUGUUACGAAUUUAAAGUUAUUUCUAGAUGCUGUUAAACAAAAUUGUGACACAGAUAAAGUUCUUAAAUUAAAAAAAACUUUGGAACAAUAUAGGUUAGGAUUUAACGUCAGUUCGUUUUUACCAACUUCAGAAUGUAAAGAAAAUGAAAAAGAAAUAGAAACAUGGUACAAGGAUCUCAUGGAUAACAUCUCAAAAUUAAUAAACAAAAUAAUCUCAAGAAUAGAUAUUAAAGAGAGAGAAGAAAGAGAAUUAGUUGAAGAAGAAGAACUGUCAUAUGAAAUUUUAAUUAAAGACAGUUUUACUACACUAAAACAGUUUGUGUCAGAUUUCAUAAAUAAAGUUAAUCAUGUUUUCAAUGAAUCGUAUCGUUCUAAGUAUGAAAUAAUAAAACAUUGUGAUACAAAAGAUGAAAGCGAUGACUAUAGUCUAGAAAUAAUGGAUGUAACUGAGCCAGCAUCUGUACUUCCAGUAAUUGAACCACAUCCUGCUGAAUGUCGUUUUAUUACAUUGGAUACAGAACCAGUAUACGAUGUAACCAAACCAGAAUAUAACCAAAGUAUGACCAAACCUGAAGAAGUUGGAGUUUUUGAUGUGGUAGAAACACUUAUUGAUAAUUCACACAAAUACAUCAAUGAUAAAGAUGAUUUAAAUCCAUCGUUACCAAAAGUUAUUGCCAAAGACAUCCAAAUGCUUCAAAAAAGUUUACCGGCAGGAAUUUGGGUGAAAACUUUUGAAAAUCGUUUGGAUUUGUUUUCUGUAAUGAUUAGAGGACCAGAAAAAACUCCAUAUGCUAGUGGUUUGUUUCUAUUUGAUAUAAAAAUUCCACCCACAUAUCCAAUCCAACCUCCACUCUGUCAUUAUUAUAGUUAUUGUGACGACCGGUUGAAUCCAAAUUUAUACGAUGAUGGAAAAGUAUGCCUUAGUCUUUUGGGUACUUGGUCGGGUCGUGGUGUUGAAUUAUGGUCACCUAAUGAUUCAAAUUUAUUACAGCUUCUAGUAUCAAUACAAGGACUGAUAUUGGUGAGUGAACCAUAUUAUAACGAACCUAUAUUUGAUUCCCAGCAAGGUCAAAAGCUUUCAAAAGAAAACUCUCGUGUUUACAACGAAAUGGCUCUGAUCAAAGUAGUGCAGUCAAUGACAAAUAUGUUAAACAUGAAUAAUUCAGACGUUAAAAAUGUAGGGUAUUUUGAAGAAGAAAUACUGAAACACGUAAAAAAACAUGGUCCCAAGUUAAUCAGUACAAUUGAAAAUUGGAUUAAAAUGUCUGAAAAAGAAUUAACUGAAGACGAAAAACUUGUUCCUGGAUAUCCAUUAUUACCACUGUCCAAGGGUUUUUGUCUAUCAAUCAUCAAAGCAAUAAAAGAUUACAAAGAUGUAUUGAUUUCCAUGAACAUCAUAUUUAAAUAA